ACUAAAGAACUAUUUAAUCCUGAACCAUGGCGGGAACCAACUGAACGAGUUUUGAAAUUUCAGACAGAUCAACGUAAAAAUUUUCAAAAAGGAAUGAUUCAGAAGCAAUCUGAAUUGGAAGAAAUAAGAAGUAAUUGCAAAUUAAUGGAGAUAAAUGCGAAAGGGGGUUAUGAGAAAUUGGAGCAAUUGCAAUAUGAGCGCAAACAAUUGGAAAGGGAAGUACGCAAUUAUAAGGAUCAGGAAUUGCGAUCAGAAAGUACAAUACACCUUCAACCGACAGAUACUUUCAACAAUGAGUUUUUUGAUCUCAAUACAUUUUCUGGAGCUAAUCGAGGAAGGACUGAACACCGUUCACACCGUCGACGUCACAGUUUUUCCGAAAAUAUUUCCAACAAUUUCACGCUCAGUCCACAGUAAGCACAUUUUUGAUUGUAUGAUUACAUAUUUGUGAAUCAAUCAUGAAUGAAUUCAAAUAUUAUAAUUUUUCUGAUAAUAAAAGAUGAGAAGUGGUGCUCAGACAAUUUGAAA